AGUGGUCUUUGAAUGUUGUUUACCACUCUUAAAGCGGGUAUGAAUUUCUUUAACCAUUCUACCUGCCCCGAGGCCUAAUUGGUCUCUUACGAAUCAAGAGCAUCAGCUGCUGACCCCCACAGAGACAUGAGACUGGACAUUGACAACAUGAGUUACGAGGACCUGUUGGCUUUAGGAGAAUUUAUGGGUAAUGUCAACACAGGCUUGGCUGAUGAAAAAAUUUUGAAGUGUGUGAGAGAAGUGGUCUGCUGCAGCUCUGACCAAACGCAAAACGAUCUAGAUGACCAAGAUGACGGGAGAUGUGUCAUUUGCCUGGAGGAUUACAAAGAUAAGGAUGUGCUGGGAACACUAAAAUGCAACCAUGACUUCCACGCUGAUUGCAUCAAGAAGUGGCUGCAGACAAAGAAUUCAUGCCCGGUGUGCAAAGCAGCUGCGGCUUAGGACACCAGUGGAGCACCAAUUGUGCUCCUCGAUCCAUUGAUUUUAGGCUCAGGUCAUAUUAUCCCAUUUUAUUCUUUCCCCCCUAGCAAUGUAAAUAAAUGCUAAGGUGAUGAAUCGAUUAUUGCAUGGGUUGCAGUAAGCCCAAAUUCUUUUGUUGUAGUGUAACAAUCAAGUUAAAGUAAAUUAACCAUCAAGUGGUUACAUGCUCA